GCGCGCUGCCGGGUUGGGCGGCGGGGCCGGUGCGGAGCCGGUGCGGAGCCGGAGCCGGGGCCGGGCCAUGGCGUUGCUGCUGGAGCACGAGUUCAAGCCGCUGCCGGCCGACAAGCAGAUCGAGACGCUGCCCUUCCUGGAGGCCGUGGCGCACCUGCCGCCAUUCUUCGAUUGCCUGGGGGCUCCCAUUGUCUACUCACCCGUCAAAGCAGACCUGACUGGAAAUAUCAAGAAAAUCCGGGCGGUUUAUGACUCCAACCCUGCCAAGUUCAAAACUCUGCAGAACAUCCUGGAGGUGGAGAAGGAGAUGCACGGCUCAGCCUGGCCCAAGACAGGCGCGACGCUGGCGCUGAUGUGGUUGAAAAGGGGCCUGAAGUUCAUGCUGGUGUUGCUGCAGAGCAUCUCCGAUGGUGAGCAGGAUGAGGAGCAUCCGAACCUCAUCCGAGUGAAUGCCAUGAAGGCUUACGAGAUUGCGCUGAAGAAGUACCAUGGCUGGGUGCUGCAGAAGCUCUUCAUGGGCUCAGUCUACGCUCUUCCAUACAAAUCAGAUUUGCUGAAGGCAUUAGAGAAGGGUAAAGAAGUCAAAGAGGAAGAAAGCAUAGAGAAGAUUCAUCAGUUUCUCUCGAGGGUCACCCCCAUUCUGGAUGCAAUUUAUGAGAUGUACACGAAGAUGAACGCCGAGCUGAGCUACAAAGCCUGAGGCUCACACGGGACUGGCAGGGCUUAAAUAAGGUGUGAUGGGUGCUACCUGUGUCUUAAUCACUGAGGCAGCCCGGGCAACUCCCGGCUGUCAGGUGACUGAUUCUUGUCUGGAUCUGCAGUGGAUAACCUGUUUUCUAAAAAAAAAAUAUAUAAUAAUAUAUAUAUAAUUUUCUAUUGAGAAUAUGGCAAUAAAACCAAUUGUACACCAUGCCGUCGUAGGAUUUCCCAAGCUUUUGUACUAAAGAGGAAAAACAAGUGUUUCUAGUCCUUCUGCCGUGGUACGGGGAGUGAAGCGUGACUGGCAGCAGCAUCCCACCAAUGCUGCCUUGGCUCUGCCCCGGCUCUCAGAUGGCACCGGUACCCACUGCGUGCCGACGACGGGCAGCCGGGGGAGAAACUUCCCGAAUGAUGCCAGCGGCACCCGUGACGGAGGAGCUGAUGACUUUCCCAGGUGACCCCAGCUCCUCCAUGGGAGUGAGCCCCUGCUGCCAGGACCUUCCCAAUGUGGGGUUCGGGGGACACACACAUGUUGCCUUAUUAACCGACUGCCUUACGGUACUGCCAAGCCCCGUGCUGGUGGGGCGGGGAAGCAAAAUUUAAUAAAA